UAUGGGUGUUGUGGUCCAGUUCAAUGUCCGACACGCCGACUCCAACGACCAUGCCCCAUUCAACCGUCCUGCCAGCGGCAUGUUCCCUGGUCGCGCCGCCCGUAAACCGGCCACCGCCUCCCUUCUCCGUCUCCCCUUCUCCUCGCUGCCUUCUACCCGCGGCCUCGAGUCACCGUCCCUUUCCCUCCUUAAGGAGUGCACCACCAUCCGCCAAUUCAAGGAGAUCCAUGCCCACUCCCUCCGCCGCCACCUUCAGAACGGCCCCUCCCUCCUCUCCAAGCUCGCCUCCCUCCGACUCCCCUCCUAUGCCUUUGCCCUUCUUUUCCAACUUCCCCUCCCCGACGAUUUCUCCUGGAAUGUCGUCAUCCGCUCCCUCGCGCGCGCCUGCCGCUUCGUCGAUGCAAUCGGCGUGUUCCGUCGGAUGAAGUCCUCCGGCCAUUCCCCCAGCAACUUCUCGUUCCCGCCAGUCUUCGCCUCCUAUGGCUCCAUGGCUGCUUUAUUACCUGGCAGCGCCGCCCACGCCGACGCCCUUAAGCUCGGGUGGGCGACCGACACAUUCACCCAGCACGCGCUUAUUACCAUGUAUGGCCGUUGCGGCCGCGUGUACUACGCCCGACAAGUGUUCGACGAAAUGCCUCUGAGAGACGUUGUGUCUUGGAAUGCCAUUAUCGCCGCGCUUGCACAAAACGAUCGUGCGAGGGAGGCUGUAGAGGUGUUUGGACGGAUGCGUCAGGCAGGGUUUGUGCCAGACGAGCCGACGCUUGUUAGCGUCCUCUCUGCCUGCGCAGAGCUUGGCGAUGUGGCAUUGGGAUCGUCGUUGGAAUGCUACACAGCAAAUCGUGGGCUUUUGAGCGGCUCAAACUUUAUCGGCUCCGCCCUCGUCGGAAUGUAUGGCAAAUGCGGGCGAAUUAAUGACGCACGCCGAAUAUUCGAUGCAAUGUCCAAGCGAGACGCGGUCGCCUGGAACUCGAUGAUCGCGGGAUACUCACAGAAUGGACGGUCGACUGAGGCAAUUGAAUCUUUUCUGGCAAUGCGUGAAGCUGGGAUCGAGCCUGAUAAGGUCACGCUGGCAGCCGUAUUGCCGGCUUGUGCGGCUGCUAACGCUCUCGAUCUCGGCAUGUUGGUUGAUUCUUACGCUGCGGACAAGGGGUUGAAGGAGAAUGUUUUUGUUGCAACCGCACUAGUGGAUAUGUAUGCGAAAUGUGGUAUGCUAGACCAUGCUCGCAGGCUGUUCGAUGCAAUGCCUGAAAGAAACGUGGUCUCAUGGAACACCAUGAUCUCCGCUCUUGCCAUGCAUGGACGUGGGAAGGAAUCGAUUGAUUUGUUUCAUCUCAUGCAUGAGGUUGGAAUGCGCCCAAAUGAGAUCACUUUUGUGGGUGUUCUCUCGGCAUGUGUUCACAUCGGUUUUGUUGAAGAGGGUCGACAGUUCUUUGAUUCAAUGCAGAGGAAGUACGGGAUUGCACCAGGCAUAGAGCAUUGCACAUGCAUGGUUGACCUUCUUGCACGAGCAGGUAUGUUGGUGGAGGCCUUUGAGUUUGUAGAGACCAUGCCAGUAAAGCCUGAUGCUGUUGUCUGGGGAGCACUGUUAGGUGCUUCGAGGAACCAGAAGGAUGCGGAGAUGGGUGAACGGAUCAUGCAACGAUUGCUCGAAUUAGAGCCAGAAAAUUCAGGCAAUUAUGUUAUGCUGUCAAGCAUGUAUGUGAAUGCAAAGAGGUGGGAAGAUGCGGGGAGGAUUCGGGGAAUGAUGCGGGAGCAAGGUGUUGUAAAAACGCCUGGUUGCAGCUGGGUUGAGAUUGAUGAUCUUAUACAUGAAUUUCGUUCGGGCGACGUCUCCCAUGUAAGAUGGCGUGAUAUCCAUGCCCUGCUACAGAAGUUGACAGAGGAGAUGAAGGUCGAGGGCUACAGGCCAAUGGAGGACCUUGUCUACUGCACGCCGGUAAGAACCAUGAUGAAAGUGCGUGAGAAAAAUGUUUGCUUAGAAUAUGCCACCUGAUAUAUAUGUGACGGGGGAUGAUCAUCGAGGGAGUGGAAAUGUUUGCACCGUAGCAUGCCGAAAGCAUGGAACCUACCGAGGUAAAUAUGGUGCCUAGUCUGUGAAUGAUUGAUAAGCUUGGAUUUAUGGACUGAUCAAUAUAACUUGCUGUAGCAAUGAAAAUAUUGGAAAAUUUCGGCAGUACAUGAAGCAUGCCAAGCCACUGAUGGAAACUGAACGAGUCGUGAUUGCUUCAUACAAGAAUAUCUUUGUUUGGUUGAUCAACUAAAGCUAGAUUUGUUCUUAGAGGUAUAUUGCAUAUAGAGAUUCAGAAUCGAUGUACAGACAACUGAAUUGGUUUUCACAAGAAAACGAUUGCUGGACAUGAUGAGCAGAUGUUUCUAGGGUGAGAUAUAGCUGCUUGAACAGAUUCUAGGAUUAUGGUUGUGACAAGGAUUCAGUAGAGUGUGGAUGUAGAACUGGUUGUAACGGGUUGCCAUUUGUGAUUUCACAUCAAAUAUUUUCCGCUCUUCACAAGUUGGUCUUUCCCCUCAGAUUGGGCCAGUGAGACGACUUUUUGGUUUCAUCAGGAAGGUGGAUUUUGAUCUAAUGUAGCUAAUAGCUGAUUGUCGAGCGUUUGCAGAAUCCAAAAUUGUAUCAAAUUUGACUAAUGGAGAGAAUUUGUUCGUCAUGCUAA